CUGCGGCAGGCUUAGUUUGAAUCCGAUUACUUCAAACAAGACCAGCCCAAUAAGCCACCGAACGGCUCUAGGUGCUUCUUGUUCUCCGAGGAAGCAUUUCAGUUCAGUUUCGUUCCACUAGUCACCAGUUUGUUGCAGUUGUCUUAGCAUUCUUUACUAACGCGCGAAAAGUGCCUCGAAAGUGUGACAGUGUCAGAGUGCCAAAAAUGCCAGCUAACGGAAUGUUUGACGUCGCUCUGCAGGUCAUCGACGACUCCAACUUGUCUAGUGGAUCGGACAGUGCUGGUGUGUCGGAAGAUGAGGAUGUUCAACUGUUUUGCAGUGCAGGGAACACGAUAGUUUCAAAACCGUUAAAAAGAUCCGUAUUAAAAAUCAAAGAUGAAGAAUUCAGCAAAACCGCCAAAGCAAAUGAGAAACGAUACGCAAGUCUUCCGAAUCGUGAACAACACCAGCAGUUCCUGACCGACUUCCUUUCCGAGGUGCUGAACAGCGCCGUUUUCGGGGCCACUGAAAGGGCCAACAAGGUUCUGAAUUGGGUGGAUCCAGAACAGCUCAAACGAACGCUGGACCUGGAGCUGAAGGAUGAACCCGAUUCGGAUGAAAAGCUCCUGGAGCUGACCAGGGCCACCAUCAAGCACUCGGUCAAAACGGGUCAUCCCUACUUCAUGAAUCAACUGUUUUCAUCGCUCGACCCAUACGGAUUCGCGGGACAAAUCCUUACCGAUGCUUUGAACCCAAGUGUCUACACAUUCGAAGUGUCUCCGGUGUUUGUUCUGAUGGAGGAGGUUGUGCUCAGGGAGAUGAGAAACAUCGUUGGCUACCCUGAUGGGGCUGGGGAUGGUAUUUUCUGUCCCGGUGGGUCCAUGGCCAACGGGUACUCGAUCAGCUGUGCCCGCUUCAAACACAUGCCCAAUGUCAAGGCAAAAGGCUUACAUUCACUUCCGCGCUUGGUAAUCUUCACAUCAGAAGACGCACAUUACUCGGUGAAAAAGUUGGCAUCAUUCAUGGGCAUCGGUUCGGACAACGUGUACCCCAUUCGUACGGAUGCCAUCGGCAAGAUCAGAGUGGAUCAUCUAGAGUCGGAAAUUCUACGUGCCAAAUCGGAGGGAGCUCUGCCAUUUAUGGUAUCGGCCACCGCAGGAACAACCGUAAUCGGAGCGUUCGAUCCUCUGGAACAGAUUGCAGAUCUGUGUAAAAAGUACAAUCUCUGGAUGCACGUGGACGCCGCCUGGGGUGGCGGUGCACUCAUGUCCAAAAAGUACCGGUCGCUGCUGAAGGGAAUCGAACGUUCGGACUCGGUCACAUGGAACCCACACAAACUGCUGGCCGCUCCUCAGCAGUGCUCAACUUUCCUAACCCGCCACGAGGGUAUCCUUUCGGAAUGCCACUCUACCAACGCUAGCUAUCUGUUCCAAAAGGAUAAAUUCUACGACACUCAGUACGAUACCGGCGACAAGCACAUCCAGUGCGGCCGACGUGCGGACGUCCUCAAGUUCUGGUUCAUGUGGCGUGCCAAGGGUACAUCCGGAUUGGAGCAGCACAUUGACAAGGUGUUCGAAAAUGCCGAGCACUUUACCAACAGUAUUAAAUCACGCGAUGGUUUCGAAAUGGUCGUGGAGAAUCCCGAGUGCACAAAUGUGUGCUUCUGGUACGUGCCACCCGGUUUGCGGGACGUGCCUCGAGAUAGCGCGGAGUUCACCGAACGACUGCACAAGGUUGCUCCCAAGGUCAAGGAGCGCAUGAUGCGGGAAGGAUCGAUGAUGAUCACGUACCAACCGAUCCACGAUAAGCCGAACUUCUUCCGAUUGGUGCUGCAGAACUCGGCGUUGGACAAGUCAGACAUGAACUACAUUAUCGACGAGAUCGAACGACUCGCGGCGGAUUUGUAGGAGGCAAAUCAGCGGCGACAACUUAGCGGAAACUUUGUUCGUUUCUUUCUUGCAUAUUUUUGUGUGUGGGGAGUUUUGUUGAAUUUUUAUAUUAAAGCAUUAUUUAUAUUAUCGUGUAAAAAACAAAAGAAAGUAUUUAUUGGAAGCAUUGUUAUGUUCGCUGAAAGCACCAUGUGGUUGAGGGCUGACAGAACGGUGCGUGAAAAAAAGAAUGUGAAUGAGAAUAUAAUCUAUGAAAGAAGAUUUGUGAUUGUGUAAAGUAAAGGCAAUCGAAGCGAAACUGUAAAAUGUGGACAUAUCUUAACAUAGUUGAACAGAAUAAUAUAAUGUACAAAAAGAAUAAUAAAACACGUUUACUGCUACAUGAAAAAUAAAACACGAUUACUUAUAUUA